CCACGAACUUUUUUCCCCCUGUCGGCACCUGACAAUCAGUCGCCACCAAUUGUCCAAUCACAAUUCAAGAUUUUGAAACAUCGUUCAAGCGGAAACGGUUCCAAGCAAAAAGCCUGUGAUGGCUGCUCUGGUGUGAGACAAGGUUAACCCGCCGCCUGUUGCUUUUGGUAUAGGUUCGUCAAGCUUUGUGUUUUUUCUUCCAUUAAACGCUAGAAGAUGGCUCACUUUCAAGUGUUGUUAUCAGCCGAAACACUCUCAUCCUCUGAAAUAUAUCGUAAACCAACCAGAUUCCAUGUCCUCUUUCUCUCCUUCCCGCGGUUGGGACUGCUUUUCCUGACUCCAACCGCACCGUUUCCGACACUUUUAUAUACCUUUUUUUCCCCUCAUUUUUUCCUUUUCGGUACACAUUCUCAUUGGAGAGACGGAAAGCUAUGAUGUUCAAGCGGGCCUUGACAACGACCACGGCCAAGUCGAAAACCAUUCUUUCAGGCAUUCAGCCCACCGGCAUUCCGCAUCUCGGCAACUACCUUGGGGCAGUCAAUAACUGGGUCCGACUUCAGGAUGUUGAUCCUGUUACGCAAGUGAAACCCGUUAACUAUUACAUGAUUGUCGACCUUCAUGCCAUCACGAUGCCUCAACGCCCUGACGAACUUCGUGCUUCCAAAUUUGAUAUGGCCACGGCAUUACUGGCAUGCGGUAUCGACCCAGAACAAAGCGCGUUAUUCGAACAAAGUCGGGUACGAGCGCAUUCGGAACUGGCCUGGAUUCUCAACUGUAUUACCCCGGUGGGCUGGCUUGGUCGUAUGACACAGUGGAAGAGCAAAAUGGAUGUUUCUCGAGAGAAAAGUAUCUCACAUGCUCAGAUUCUGGCCGACGAAUCGCUCACGUCCGGGUUGCGAAUGGGAUUGUUUGACUACCCGGUGCUGAUGGCCGCUGAUAUUCUGUUAUACAAGGCCACUCAUGUUCCUGUAGGCGAAGAUCAAACGCAGCAUCUUGAAUUAGCGCGCGAUAUUGCCAAGUUGUUCAACACAACGUUCAAGACUCGACUAUUCCCCAAACCUACUGGCAUCAUCCCCCCGUCAACCAAACGAGUCAUGUCGUUGCGGGAUCCACAAGUAAAAAUGUCGAAAUCCGAUCCAUCUGAUUCGUCACGCAUCAAUUUAACGGACACACCGUCUGUGAUUCAGUCUAAAAUUCGUCGUGCUACCACGGAUGGCGUCCGCGGUAUUUCGUAUGAUCCUAAAGAGCGACCGGGAGUCGCCAAUCUAGUUGAUAUUCUCGCCGCGGUUCGUGACAUUUCCGCGGACCAAGUUAUCCAAUCGGUGGCGGAUGUGCAGAGCACCAAAGUUUUUAAAGAUAUGGUGGCCGAAGCUCUCAUUGAAAAGUUGGUCCCCAUUCAAAAAGACAUUGAGCGACUGAGAAAUGAUCGAGGUUAUGUGGAACAAGUCUUGCAGGCCGGUGCACAAAAGGCAAAUGCUGUCGCCAAUGAGAACAUAGAACAGGUUUAUAAAGCAGUGGGGUUACGGUGAUAAAAAGGAAACACAUUUGGUUUUACUGUAUAUUAAAAUCUUUGGAGAGUUAUGCACGCUAAAUCCAUGUGCACGGUCUCUGAUUAGCU